CGGGCCGACUCCCGCGCAGGGUAGAUGGGUCUUGGAGCGCUCGGGGUAGCUGUUGACGUGACAGGAUCUUGGGCGGCCUUCCCAGGCUAGAAGACUCUAGUCCCCAGCAGGCACCGCGCUGUAAGGGCUGUUCCCUCCCCCCAACCUUGGUGCCCGAGCGGCUUGACCAGAGUGAGCUGUUGCAACUGCAGCCAGACGUAGGGCUGAAGCCUUGGGAAUUGCAGAGACAGGCGAUUGCACAAAAAGACACACAGAUACAGUCGUGUGCAUAGCCCUUGACAACAAAUAGCAGGUGUCACUAGUUAAAGGCAUCUGCCGAGAGAUUUGGAACAGAAGAAGGUGGCCACUCUGAACCAGACGGACUGUAAUACAGAGUGAUCAGCAGCCAUGGAGGAGGCGAAGGUAAGCCUCACCCUCCCAACCCCGAGUGCUGUGAACAUGGAUUCUGCCAUCUGGGAUCCUGGUUUCGUGUCUCAGACCUCUGGCUCUUCUGAGAGCCCAGAAACACCGCCUGAACCUCAUGACUCUGGUGGUUCCCUGCCCCUGACACCCCGGGUGGAGAGCCACUCAGAGGAGGAAGAUCCUUCCGGGGCUGGCGGUGGCCUGGGCUGGAAUAGUAGGGGUCCCGGGCCCCAGAGCCCCAGGGCCUACUCUGUGGAGUCAGUGCUGGGCCGGAAGAAGCACCGCAGGCGGCCUUCAAAGCGCAAGCGGCACUGGCGGCCCUACCUAGAGCUGAGCUGGGAUGAAAAGCAACAGCGGGAUGAGAGACAGAGCCAGAGGGCCUCCCGGGUCCGAGAGGAGAUGUUUGCCAAGGGCCAAGCUGUGGCGCCCUACAACACCACCCAGUUCCUGAUGAAUGAUCGAAACCCCGAGGAACCUGACCUGGAUGUGCCCCAUGGGACCUCCCACCCAGGCUCCAGUGAGGAGAGCGAGGCAGGGGACAGUGGUGGGCAGGGCCAAGCUCCUGGUGAGUUCCAGCAGAGGGAUUUCUCAGAGACCUAUGAGCGCUACCACACCGAGAGCCUGCAGGGCCGCAGCAAGCAGGAGUUGGUGCAAGAUUACCUGGAUCUGGAGCGGAGGCUGUCGCUGGCUGAGGAAGAGACCAGGAGGCUGCAGCAGCUGCAGGGGUGCACCAGCCAGCAGUCUUGCUACCAGGUCGAGGAGCUGGCUGCGGAGGUAGAGAGGCUCCGGACAGAGAACCAGCGGCUUAGGCAGGAGAAUGAGAUGUGGAACCGAGAGGGCAGUCUUGUCAGUGGGGAGCCGGGCACCUAGGGGUGCCCCUCAACCAGGUUAACCCAAGGAGACAGUUCCAUUUCAUACAUAUUUAGGCCAGCUGAGUCUCAGGGUGGAAGGUGGCAGAUGAAAACCACUCUCAGCACCGCUGAGAACAGCUUGACUUCCACCUUGUCAUUUCUACAAUUUGUUCUUUGAUGUCAUCUCAUUUUUCACAGAGAAAAUAAAUGAUUUUGGUGAAAUUAAA